AGGUAAUGCCAACUUUAUCAGGCAGAAAACAGAGCCAAAUUGUUUACAAGCUGUGUUGGAUUACCUGGCUGAGCUGUAUCCGUCUGGCCCCUCUUGGCCCGGACGCAGUAAUCCCAGCGGGUGUUGGGGUCCUGGACAAAGCGUCCCAGGUUGUGGAAGAGCUGAGAGAAGGACAUGUGGCUAGCCUGGUAGACAGUGUAGUAGAGCAGGGCUGCCCGCCACAGGGUGGGGUCUUUCCUGAAGAGGACACUGUGGAUGCUGGCCAGGCCCUCCUCUGUGGGGUUCAGGGGCUUCAGGUUGUGCUUCUUCCUGCCCAGGCUGCUGUUCCACGGCUGGUGACAGUUAUUGACGCCACGGAAGUAAUGUGUCCCUGUGGACAGAGACAAAAACCAUCUACUUCACUGAGCUCAAAUACAAACUAAUUAAUUCAACUGAACUCUCAUGAAUCGUGGCAUAUUGACACAUGACAAUGAACACCUAUUUAUAAGGCUGUGAACUUCAGGGCUGAUUGGACAAGGUGGAUUAGAUUAGAGCUAAGGUUGUUUUUUCUUUCAACUUUGGAUCUUGUAAAUCAGCAAAAUUAACACAUUUGUCACGCUGAUGCACCACACACACAAUCAUGCCCUGCUUGUGAUGCAAGUGCAAAACUGUGAUUGUUUUUUCGGGUGCCAAAUAACAAUAACACCUCAAAUGAAAGUUACUGAAAUGUGCUCACCUAUCUCAUGCCUCAGCAUCCCCUCCAGCCACUGUUCCCGAGCCGUGGAGACGUUGAUGGUCAAUGUCGGUCUGCUGUUCACCACCGUCAUGGAGGCUCUGGACAGGAGGUCAUCCGUCACCUGAACUACGAUCUAAUAUGCAGGAAAAACUUAAUGUCAAUUCUGUGUUUUCCUUCAGUCCAUCUGAUCCUUUUACUUUAAAAUCUGUGUGUAAGACAUGUUUUUAUACCUUUACUGUCUUCUAAAAUUAGAGCUGCAUUUGGAUAUCAUUCUGGACCCUCAUGCAUGUGCAGAAGGAAAAAGAAACUGAGCAAACCCUCUCAAAUUCUUGUUGCUGUGCAGACUCUGAAACAUUAAUGCCACUUCUACUAAAACCCCUGACUUUACUACAACAAUGUUCAGCCGUCAUUUUUAGCUGGGUUUAACAAAACUGAUGACUCUAUCUGAGCCCAUUAGGACUUUCCAAGUCUAUACAAGGUGUGUGUGUGUAAAUGUGGUGUAAUGCGUUCAGUGAGGCAGUUUUAAUUCGGUGAUGUAAGAUGUAGUUGACGUUGGUUACAUAAACCCAGCUGAGCACGAGCCAACUGCUGGAUGACUUCAAUGAAGUAGCUACUUUUUGCAAGGUCUUCUUUUCCCUGGAGCUCUUUCACUUUGAUACCCUGCUGUCUGCGCCUCAGUAAUGACGAUGCACUAAUCCACAAUGACAUAGACUCUCGAGUGCAGCCACAGAAAAAUACCCAGCUCUAAGUUGAAGUUUUAUAUUCUCUUUCAUAGAUGAUGAGGGUGUGACCUGUGAGUAAGUUUCCUGUCCUCUCACCUCCCCUAUGCAGCCUUCCUUCUCCAUGUAUUUCUUAACGUUGUGCCAGAUGCGGCUCUUGGUGAGGAGGUUUCCCCCGGUGAUCUGUUCAAACUUCUCAUAGCUGCCAUAUCGCUGCAGGGCUACCUCCAUGAUGUGCACUGCCUGCAAGAGAUGUGAAAUUUAUUAUGUAAAAGCUGCCUGUGGCUAUGGCUGUCUUUGACAGGAAGAACUUAGCAACCUUCUUCUUUGGAGCUCUGAUGUAGCGGUAAAAACAAUCUGUCUAAUGAAUAAAAUGAGGUUGAACACAUGAUACGCAAACAACUGGAUAAUCAGUGGGCUAUCAAACAAACGGAAUUCUUUCAGGUUCCCAGCAGGACUCUUCAUUGUCAAGAAACAACAAUGCAGAGUGAGAGUAUCACAGUCUAUAGGGUGGAUUUGUGGAACAGUCCAAACAGGGACUCAUGCAAAGCCUGAGGUUGAUUCUGUCAAAGACUCUGAAUGUUAAAUUUAAUUUUUGUAGGUGUAGAGAAGAAAAGAUAGUGAUGAACUAGUCUGUGUAUUUAUUCCCUUUAGUUUUGACCGUCCUGAAUAGAUGUUUGUGUUAGAAUAGUUUAAAUCAUUCUGGUGAGUUAUAUGAGGUUAGAGUGAACAUGUUGGCUUUGUGUGAAACAUUUGUUCAUGUUUAUUUUUUUUACUAACCUGGGUAACGAGAGCUUAACUUAAACCAGCUUUAAGUAAAGCCAACACAUCAUGUAUAGGAAUAAAGGGAUGGGGACUUAAACUUCAUUGCACUCGGGCAAUAAGGGUGAAGUGGAAUGUGACUCCGGUAACAGGACUCAACUUACAUUGGACUCUGGAUAUGGGGGCUUAACUUAAACUGGACUCAGGAAAGGGGACUCAUUUCAGAACCAUGUAAUUGACACUCAUCUUGUCAUGGACUGAGGUAACUGGGAGUUAAAUUCUAUUGGAUUCAGGUAAUGGAACCCAAACUGUAUUGGACUCAGUCAAUUUGGACCCAAUUUGACCAAAACGGAGCUGUCAGGUACUAGACCUGCACCUUGACUUGAGCAAUGGGGGCUCAACUUGAGACUGGGGACUCAGAUUGUAGAGUCUUUACUUGUGUAUGAGUCAUGUUACUGGGCACUCAUCUUACAUGUGGCACAGGUAAUUAGGAUUUGUAUUUGACCCUGGUGGGAUGUAAGUUGCAGCACUUGAACCUGGACUUGAGAAAUGAGGACUCAGAGUGAGACUUGGGCUCAGGUUAUUGGGACUCAGGUAAUUGAGGUAAUUCAGGUAUUUGUUUCAGGUAAUUGAGACCUGAGUCCGUUGACCCAUUUUAAGAUGUAGGGACUUGACUCAGGACUUGGAUUCAGGUAAUGGAGACUCAACUCAAGUCAUGCACUCUGGUAAAGGAGGCUAGAUUCAGUCUUGACUUUGACUCUUUUUUGGUGACUCAGGCAUGACUUGGACUUGAACAGUGGGUGCUCGAGACUUGAAUGAGCUGGAGAUUAGAUUAAUGUAGAACUGAAAGCUUUGAAAUAUUUCGGGGAAAGAGCCAAAGGUGUGGGCUCACCUUUCUGUCUGUCAAAGAGUUAUCUGAUUGUAACACUGCUGCAAGUCAAGGAGCAACCUCAAGGUGACAGCUUAGGCUGGCACAUGAGAACAUCAAUAAGAAGCUGAGGCAAAACUUGGCAAAAACAGCCGUGAAAGAAUCUGGCAUAAACACCUUAAAGCAGCUUUUACGCUUUGUCUAGCGUACAGACUCUUCCUCUAAGUGACUUUAUAUAGGACUUAAAUGUGAUCAGGAUGUAUAGGGGAAAAAAAACACGCUGCUGCACCACCCUGAAUAACUGCAGGUGAAAGUUCUUCAGCUAUGUUCUCUAGUAAAAAGCUCCAGCAAGUUCUCAUUAAGAAAAAUAAAAAUGAUCCUCAUCCUAAGAUCCCAAGCUACCCACUCCUUUGGCAUAAUCUUGAUAAUGUUCCCUUUUACAUACUACAUCUCCACCGCAUGGUGUAGCUGAAAAAUUAAGAGUAAGAGACUCUAACUACUUGUGCAUCACUGUGUCUAAAUGAGCCCUGUACAGUGGUCUGAUCCUGUGAACAGCCGGCCCUUGUGAAUAUUUUACCAGCCCACCCUCAUUUUGACAAGCUAGAACUGGCCAACAACUCCUUAUGAUUGUGAAAAGCACUGACUGAUACCAAAACUCCAAUACCCACAAACACUUAACUAACCAAAUAUCAUAUGUCUAAGCAUCUGUGAAAUUACGCGACAGUUUACCUAACAUCUGAGCUUUUCCAGCUAGCAUCAGCGAAGCCUCUCGCACCUGCUCCAUCAGCAGAACACACAGGUGUGGCCAUCACCUCAGGGAGCAGCUGGACAAGCAGCCUUGUGUUUGGUUGCUACUUUCAGACUGUCAAACAGAAACUACACUCAAAAGGAUGUCAGGCUCAUUUUACUGCAUUUCCUGUUCAGUGUAGUCAUUCUUUCCUUGUCUUGCUCUCAGUUUACUGGUGCUACUCAAACAGACUGAAACUGAGCACCUCACAGCAGUGUUCAUGUUAACUCCAAACACACCAAUCUUUUACCUGGGUUUAUUUGUGGGUUGAGGGGUGAGAGAUUGAAAAUUGACUGCAAACAGUGAAUCUAAUGUUUUUUCAGCACUAAUGCUGCUCAGUGGACGUGUCCUCAAACUGUUAAUAUUGAUGUAAGACACCCACUGAGACUAAAAUAAACUCUUGUAUUUGUUUCCUGAUGUAAUUCUGCCACUUCUUCUCUCAGACACACACUCAGGUUGCAUCAGCUCUGGACAGUCCUAACGUUUAAACACCUUUGGCAGAGAGUCUCUGUAAUCACAGCGUCCAACUUGACUGCUGGCAUGAAGAGGUUUGCUGAUCUCAGACCAGCCAGCCAGCUCAGCACCGACCUCAUGCACUAGGGACGUUGUUGGAGAUGUGAUGAAUGACCUGUCACAGCCUCUGGACUGGUGGACUGCACGAGCUGAGGACAAUUUAUUUUCCAGCAUACAAGUAACUAAGUUUGAUCAUUUUAAACUUCUCCUUUUUACUGCACUUUCAUGCUUCUUAAAUUUUCAGCAGGCCAACAUAAUGAGCAAGGAUUCACUUUUGACUCUAUAAAGGAGGUGCAUGGAGACUCAGUGUCUGACUGAUAAUUCCUCUAAUCUUGGGACAGUUCUGACAGGAAUUCCGGAAAAUGUAAAAGGAGCCUCAGUCUAUCAUUUCUGAUGACCGAGAGGUGAAGUACCCUCUUCAAGCAAAACAGAAGCAUUUCAAUGAGUUUCAUUUGAGUUUUAAUUUGAUUACUUGUAUCUGUAAAAAAAAAAUCAAGACCACCAUGGUAAAAAGAUGCCACUCUACGAUCUGUUUGCAUAUUUUGCCUCUAGCGCUUCUGCAAUGCUGACACAAAAUUAAAAAAGGAGUUUAUUUAAUGGGCCACCAAAUGAUAUUUGACUCUAAGUAAAACUAGCAGCGUAUCCUUCACUGCAAAAUCCUCAGAUUGAAUAAUCUUGCACCGCCUGAUAGGACUGCAGAGAAAACAUUAUGAAGGGCUUUUCACAGAGAUAAAGUGUUAAAGACGUUGUUGUUCUUAUCACCACAAUAUGAGACAAUCUGGCGGGAAAUAGCCUCAAACACCUACCUGUGUGAGGAAGCGGUCUGAAGCAUUAUUAUGUCGUGCCAGGACGAGUGGAGGGACAGGGUUACUGUAGUCAAACUGGGGAUUGUAGUUGAAGUCAGACUUGAAAAACUUGGCUUUCUCUUUCUCUACGUUAGUCGGCUUUAUGGCUGUGAGGAUGCAGAGCUUCUUGGCAUUUUCCACUUCUCGUGUGAUCGCUGCUUUGUGCAACAUGGGUAGUUUUGUGCGUGGGGAAUUGGAGGUCUUCCUGAGCUGUGGAACUGUGCGAGGGGUAAGGCCCAUGGUGCUGCCCACGACUGCGAUGUUCCUUGCUGGUUUGGGGAGAUUGGAGUUGCUGCCUGAGAGGACACGAUUCGUCUGUGCAGGUUUUCCCCCACCCUCUGGGGAACGGAUCUUUUUAGGCACCAUACCUGGACGGUUUCUUUUACUAAAUGAGGGGCCACAUCUCACAGACGUUUUUGGCCUCCUGUAUGGGGACUGCUUCGGGCUCUUCUUCUUCUCCUCCUCCUCAGCAUGCAGCAGGACAUUGUAGCUCCUAGAACCAGUGCUGAAAAGGUCUUUGAGGGCGCUUGGGGGAAUCUUCUCGAGGUAUACUUGGCUUGGACUCAGUGCCUUAUCAGAAGAGUGUAAAAUGUACUUCUUAGACAUUUCUACUUCUGGCCAGCGCAGUCUUUCUGUAAGGAAAAAUUAGGGGUUGAAACAGUGAAAACUGUUUGAAAAAAAGACAGUGAAUCUGUUUGCUGCUAACUUUAGACUCCUCUUCUCAUGCGCACCUUUUGUAGGCUUAAUAGACUAAUCCUCUUUGAAGCCGGGAUAAAAUUAGAUCUUUUUGUUUGCAGGCCUCUGGAAACAAACUGACAACUUCUUUUUAGCAUGUUUUGCACAAUUAUUUAACUCUGAUGUGACUCAAACUAAAUCUGACUCAUCUUUGGCUGCUCUUACAUCAGCAGUUCAUGGUUAUGCAUCAUGCAGUUUAAUGCAUCAGUAUCCUGCUCUCUCAUAUGUAUUUAUUGUCAUUAUUUUCCCCAGAGAUUGAUGGUGUAUUACAGAAGAAAAGUCAGAGUGCAGGGCUGUGCGAUUUCCAGUGAAGUGACCUGAAGCAUCAUCGUAGCACAAGUGGACAUGAGCACCGAGGUGGAAACCAUGCAAACACACACAGCACAAACUAAUGAGCUCAGGAGCACAGUAAUAACUGAAGAGGGACUAGCUGGAGCUUCAUUGGCUUGUUAUGUGUUCAUCCAGCCAGAAGUAAUGAUAUUAUCUAACACAUCAGCUGGGUGCAUCAUAAUUCAGUUUUAUCUGAUGUAAUAGGCUAAGGUCAAAUUGUGCUGUAAGGAUGAGGGUCCAAAAUCAACUUUUUUGACUCACAAGUCAUAGUGGCGGGUAGAUUAAAAAAUUGGACUAAUUGGCGAAUAAUACAUUAUACUCGCUACAAUGAUAAAUGGCUAUUGUUUGUCAUGUACAUAUUUGUUUCAGUAUAUUUACAGUGUAAGGAAGGAAUUAUGUUGAAGAGUACAUCAGAGCAAAUCUGAAGUAAAGUUUCUUAAACUGAUGAUUUUAAACCUUAAUACAGCUCAUAAUACAGGGCACUCUUUGCAACAUCUUAAGAGAAAAAAUACAAUUAAUGUUUCCAGCACAUAAUACUUUCAUUUCAAGCACUCAGGACUUUGAUAUCAUUAGAUCCUAUUUGAUGUUGUCAGCAUGUCUGAAGAUUUCAGUAAUGGAUAGAGUCAAAUCUAUGUGGCACAUGCGUACACAGAUUACUAUGUUGUGCAUAGGGCUUGUUUCAGUGUACGUAGUGAUAAUCCUCAUACUAACAUAACUCAAUGAUGUGUGUAUGUACGGGUGGCACAGCCUGUUUACACUUUGCACUUUUAAUGUUUGCUUUUUUUCAUUCAGAAAGAGACAUCUGUGUCUUAACUAAAUCCUAAGGUAUAUAGAUGCCUAUAAAUGCUCCUCAUAGUAAAAAUGCAAGAGGAUUUAAACAUGCUUUAUGAUCAGACUUCAGUUUGGUCUCUGUGGUGGGUGUUAAUUUUGCAAACCGCAUCACUGACUCGGUUAAAUGUAUCCAUCUGUCUGUUAGUCUUCCUCUAUAUUUGUGUGAACCCUAAAAAAUAGUCAGUUUACUAAAAUGUAAUCCUACAUAAAUCUUACAUUAGCAGUCAUUAUGAAGGUAAUUGAGGACAAAUCUUAAUUAAUGGCUUGCAGGAUGUCUAGAAAGUCUGGAUGGAAGAGCCACUAUGCUCCUUAAGUGCCUGUUAAAAAUGCUCGUUAACUGUGGCAUGAGGACUUUAUAUUUGUGAUACCACAAUCUGAUUUAUGAUAAGAAAAGAACAUAUUUCUAAUGCUGAAACACCUUCACAACAAGAAAGUAUAUAUCAUUUUCCUUGUCACCAUUAAUCCAAGUACUAAAGCAGUAAUGUGAAUUUAAAGCACAUGACUGACAAUAAUCAGAAUGAUUCAGCAUCAGGAGGACUGCUGUGCCACACAAGUGCUGGGGAUGCAGUGAGAUAAUCACUACAAAUUACAUAUCAUAGCUGACACAGUACAAAAGAAGAACAUAUAAUAUUUAGGUCGUUUUUAAAUGCCAUUGCGUUAAAUAUGGGCUAAAUUGAGACCAAAUGUAUGUUAAUAGUAGUUUCCAUCUUUAAUUGAGAUACAAUGUAUAAUAACUAAUGUUAUUAUGGAGGUAUUUUUAAAGUACUGUAAUCAACAUUUUUACGGUAUUACAGUUACAGUAGUUACAGUUAUUAAUGUAAGGAUAAUAGGGGAAAAACAAAAAUGAAACCUUACCUGUGACUUUAAUUGACUCCAGCAUCCCGUUUAAGCUCUCUGUGAAUCUAAAAUAACGUUACCACAGAGGUGUUCUUGGCAACUUAACGUCAACCCAGCUAAUCUAGCCGGCUAAUGUCGUCUAAAAAGAAACGACAACGCGAGAAACAUGCGUUGACUAUGUAGAAUGACACGAAGACAUUUUUAAAGCUAUUUCAUCGCUAACAGCUGAGCUGACAUUGCCCGUCCCACCUACACAGAGCCGGAGCCAAACUGACAAGAAAGAGCCGAGUUGGCUGUGUGAAGUCACCGAGUUGUUUCCAUGGUUUCGAUGUAACUACGCAACAGACGUGGAUGCUCAUGGGAAAUGUAGUAGCUUUGAGAAUAGGUGGCCCGCUAUCAUGAUUUAACUGGUGUGAGGUUGAAAAAGAGGUUUUGAUAGAAAAAACUGUUCAUUUUAUAUGCAUUGAAUAUGUUUUUCGUUUUAUUAACUUUCAGACUUUUAAACAUUGAAUAGACGCCAUAAUUGCUGUUCUAUCGACUGGUUGCUCUCUUGUACAUGUUCAUUUAUUUAAAAUGUCAACAAUGAAUAGAGACAUUUUAAGCAUUUUUCCCGUUGGAAAGUAUCAAACAGGGGAUUGAAACCACCCAAUGGUUGGGUUCUUCAAAGGUUAGGUACCUGAAAGGCCAGACACUUCUGAGGUUAGGUCCUCCAAUGAGUGGGUCCUUCAAAGGUUAAGCAAGAAUUCAGACUUUGAAUUAUGAAUUCUUAAUAAUAAUAAUAAUAAUAAUAAUAAUAAUAAUAAUAAUAAUAAUAAUCAUAAUUCCAAAUUAUGGAACAAGAUCAAGUUUAAAUACAGAUGUAUGAAUUUCCUCAACUCAUGAUCGCCUCUUCUCCAGAAAAUAAGGCUUUAAGUGUACAAUACAAUAAAAUGCAGGUAUGCGAUCUUGUAAUUACUAUAUAAUUAAUUUAUUCAUAUGAAAAUAUUGUUUUUUCUUUAUUAUAUAAUUCUUAUCAUAACCUCUUAACGAGGCCACUGUUUUUAAGACGGUUGCUUUGUACCAUGUGAUGAUCAGGAUGACUAACUCGCCCUAAAUGUGAAGCGCCAGAUGAAGUCAUAUUUAUUCCUGUCUUCGAUACAGAGUGUGGUCAUAGACAUAAUAUACGUAGACGCCUCAAAGCCUGACGCUGCCCAUUGGAGCUCUCGUAUCAGCGUGGCCGCCAUCUUGGAUGGGUCAUCCAUGCGCUUCCAGUGCAUUAAGGUAGGUAGGAAUGCCCAACCAUAUUGAUAAUAACUCUCCGAAUCUCUGCUGGAUUUUCAGACUGUUUGGUAUGUUAAAAUGGAAGGGAUGUAGCAAUAAUACAGGACAAUGUCACACAUUAAAAAUAAAACAAAUUAUUUUUUCAAUCUUAUUUGUGAAAAGUAAUCAUACGUGAUCUGGUUGAUCUGGUCGCGUCGGGUUUUUCAACCAUAGAGUACAAAAAACGGGCAUAGUUGCUCGUUCUCCAUUUACCAUGUUUGGCUCUUGAGCGAGCCUGGAGUGGGAAGACACAUCCAAUAUGGCGGGGACGCUGGAUUACGCUCCAGCACGUAACGAGGCGUCUACGUAUACGUAUCUAUGGUAUGUGGAUACCGUGUUGUGGAAUGACCGUUUUCGUCUUAUCCCUACACCCGGGUUGUGAUUGGUUUAGCGAGGCUCCUGCAAUUUGAUUGGUUAAAGUCUGCGCAGUAGGCGCAGCGCUGAAAUUCAAAUUUGAAUGGUAGUUGUUUUGUGCAGAGAGAGAAGAAAGACGAAAGCUGAGAGCAACUCAGUUCCUACGCCUUUUUGUGUACACAAAGUGGUGUACAAAACGUUUAACACUCCUUUUUGCCGAAAUAUUGCUUCAGAAGAGGCCAGUCGUCGAGGAUGGAUCCGUUUACAGAGGUGAGUCGGUUGGAUUAUCAACUAACGUUUGAUAGUAAACGUCGCACGUAUAGCUUGCGUCGCGUAGAGUUAAACUCGGUCUUUCUACUCACUGUAAAGCUAAUAUUGGGACCGUUUCAAGUUCAUAUACUUAGUUUAACAUGAUUAGAGCACCAGGAAACCUGCUGAAUAAUUUCCAAAGGUCUUAGAUGGCACUGUGUAGAAGUUAAUGCUCACGUUGUUGAAGGUCAUGAAACAUCACGUGUGGUUUCUUUGUCCUGUCAGUCGUCAUCAGACACAAAUAUAAAGAUAAAACCGUUCAUACGGUUGAGACCUUAGCAUGCCUAGGAUAUGGUUUCAUGGUCGCUUUGAAUUGUGAUUGUGGGCUUUUAAUGAUGGAGAAAAGGGGCUAUACCAGGGCAGGAGGGGUCCUUGGGUGGGUUUUUUAAAGGCAGUACUUGAAAACUCUUUUGUUGUGUUAAAUGACAGAAAGUUAACCAGUGGAUCAGGAAAGGAAUGCCUGAAACUGACAAUUUUCUCCAUACAUGCUAGCAGAUUUUAUAUAUUCAAAUCAUGAAUUAAACCAAUAAAACGUUUAGACUAACAAAUAUAACCCAAGAAUUGAACUUGGUUACGAGUUACUCUUCCUUAUUGCACUGUAUUUGAAUGUAUUCCUUAACAUACUGUAUUUGUAGCAUGCUUAACUAAACGAAGUUUUACACUAUUGCAAGCGACAAAGUACAACAAAUAUAUGGUAGGAAUUAUUGCAAAAAAACUGCAGAGGGGUGAGAAAUUCACAAGGACUUAGUGCAACCGUAAAAUAUUAACAGAAAAAGUAAAAACCUGCCAAGCUACGUGAAUUAUAUGAAAUUCUGUAUUUAUAUUAUGUUACAAUAAGGUCAUUCAUUGUUCUCAGACAUUUGUCAACCUAAACUGAAUAUAUUGGCAGUAACUGCCAAAGCCCUGUUUAUACUAUUGUGUUUCAUAUAUAUCAUGCUUUAGGUCCAUGCAGCCCUGAGUCUAUACAGAGGACUACAACAGUGCCUAAGGAUAGUCACUAAUUUAACCAAGUUGCUGAUCAGUCUUUCUCCUUUGAGAGUUAAAACAUCCAUAUCGCAUAAUAAAGACCUCAAAACACCCCAUGUCGCCACAUGAUUCAAAUAUAGUCGCUCUCUAUUUAAUGCAAUGGUAUGUGUCAGCACUAGAUACGGUCCAACCCUUGGCUUUCUUUGUACCACCCCCUCCCCUUUCUUUUUAAGCUUUUCUUUUUUUUUUUUUUUUUACUGUUGUUUCCAGCCAAAAGUAGGAAAGAUUUAUAUUUAUACUCAGUCAGUAUCUGCGCCAGUACGGUUUGAAAAUUCAAAUCCAGGAACUGACGAUGAGCUGGAGCGGCUCAUUCCUGAGGAAUGCUGCUAAAGUGACUUGAGGUUUUCCACACUGCCUGGAGAAAAUGUCCUGCAGCAGGAAUGUGUUGGGGCUUGCAGUUAACAGUACAGCAACAGUAAAUCAGAUUGUGUGACAGGGUGUGUGUGUGUGUGAGGCCAAGGCAAGGGAAUGUCCUCAAAGGAAAAGAGGGAAGGAAAGAGGGCAAGCAAACAGAGGCCUUUUUUAUCUCUGAUGGAGAAAGACUGUUUUUGUGUUACUCACAAUGUACUGUGUCUUGUCCUACAUAUUUGCACUUCUGCUGCAGAUAUCCAGACAGAUGUAGAAUCAGCAUAUUUUAGCCUGCUUGAAAAGACUGUCUAAAAAAAAAAGUCACUUUCAGCAGGUCAGCACAACUAUAAAGAGAUCUUAGUCCCAGAUUCUGUGUCACACACAACAUACUCAAAGAAGUUACCCUAUGCAGGAAAAUGCAAUUUACAUUCUUGCAAAGCUGCAAACCUUUUUAAAAUUAAACGUUGUUGCUCUGUUUGAGAUUCAAAGUUAGAUGUACUUAGUUUUUUUCAAGGCGACUUGACCGAGUCCUGUGCCAGCAAAAAAUCCUGAACAGAGGGAUUCAUAUCUAAAUGUUCAAUGCUCAAAAUGAAUAUUUUUUUAUUCUUCAUCUCCACUUUUAAAUGUAUCUAUAACAGCUAGUUGAGCUUAAAAGUAGAUUUUUUUAUGUGCAUGUUUCUGUAAGAUCAAUUUAAGUCUCAUUCCAGUUGGAUUAUUUUGUCCCUCUGUGACAUAAAAAUGUCAGAUUCACUUUCAGAGCUUGUUUUAUUGCUAGGAGGCUUGUAUGAAUAAGACUUUACAAUCUAUUUCAGCAAUUCGACAGGCUAUUGAAUGCUUGUUAAGUACAGGUGCAGGGAAGGAGAAAAACCAUCUCUGUGUCUACACAGAAGCCUCUGUGUUUAGCCUUCCAUGCACCACCUCAAAACUGUUGACUGCAAAUCCUUUGUUUAGUCAGCUAUUGGUCCAUAUAAUAGUAAAAGCAGCUGUAUUUCACGACUUUCAGGGCCACCUUCAGUGUCACAGGUGAUGGUUUAAUUCUGUUUAACCUUUGUGUGUAUAAAACAGACAUUUGAGUCAUUUCUUUGUGCUGAAACAGAAACUGUUGGAGCGGACUCGGGCUCGCAGAGAAAACCUGCAGAAGAAAAUGGCUGAGAGACCAAAUGCAGCAAACAGACAGAUGGUCAAAAGACCCAGAGAGCCGCUGGCUGAUACAAACAGUGUGCUCAGUGGGCCAGUGAUUGAUAAAGGUAUGAACAUGUUCGCUUGCUGAGCAAUGAGAUGCAGCUUGACUCUUUGACUUAUAUUCUCCAUCUCUUCUAUCAGCCCCUCAGCUGUCUUCUAAGCCUUCCCCCUCCAAGCGCAAGUGCUCUGAAGAAAAUGUCCAGCCUGUAGCUGAUGAGGAAAACCAAGAGCCAACCAUGACACAAGCUGUGACUCAAGUGCUCUCAGAUCCUCCCACAAAUAAGAAACCCCCAGCAGGUCCCACCAGCAUCCGAUCUUCCUCCUCCCUUGAGAAAACUGCAACCCGGCCUGUUGUUCAGUCUCAGCCAGGGCAGCUGAAAACUGCACAGCCGGAGCCUGAAAAGAUGGUGGUCACGCCGUCUCCUGAUCCCCUAAGCAGCAAAGAAGCAGAGACUGUGCCUCUGAGUUCAGCCCUGCAGAGUAACAAGGAGAGGGAGCACCUGGUGGAAGGGACAACUGGAAUGAGAUCCCGUCUGCAGCGGCUGGCAGAGCAGAGAAAGGGUUGGGAUGGAAACGGUAAAAAUGCUUUCUGUUCUGUUUGAGAUCUGCUUGUUUAGAUUCUCAGAAAUACAAAGUUUGCUUCUUCUUAAUAUCAAGGGUGUAGCAUUCACUCUUCAGAAUGUUGGUAGCGAGUUUCUCCUUGCCUGAAUCAUAACCCUUCCCUACCUCUUCAGCCCCUUCUGAUGAACUUCCAGACUGCACCCCCAUUCCCCUGAUAACAAGACAGCCUGAGAUCCCUGCAGCCAUCCCUCCUGCAUCCUCUGGUACACCGCUGGGGAGGAAAGGACGACUGGCUAACCUCGCUGCCACCAUCGGGUCCUGGGAGGACGACCUGACUCAUGCAAACAUUCCCAAAGAGCACACAAAAGAGAAACCUGCUGCAGCUGUACCCAAGGUGGCAAUCAGAGAAACUUCUGUGGCUUUCAGCGCCAAACCAGUUUCUGCAGGUCAUGUUGAGGUCAAUUCUGCUGCAAGCAGCAAGUCUGCAUCCAGCUCCAGUCAGGUGAGCUCACCUGACAUGGUUUAGUUUCUUUUUAUUCUUUUUAUGUGACCUGUUGAGGACAUAUACUUUAUGGGUAUUACUUUACAAAGCCUUUUUUGCUCUCAGGCCUCAUUAGAUUUUUCUGUCUGUUUUUGCAGGUGGUGCAUUCCCCAGUGAAACCCAGCAGAGUUGUUCUCCCGAGCCCUCAGAAGGCUGACGUUCCUGCAGCCAAACCAGCGCUUCAGUCAGUCUCCAGUCCCCAGAAGAGCUCCAUCCCAGGAAAAGCCUUCCCACCCAGCCCCCAGAAGACAGGUCCCUUCUUGUCAUCAUCAGUGCCUAAAAGCCCACUGAAAAACACUGCUCUGUCCAGGGGCCAAAAUCCCACAUCCAGCCCCCAGAAACCAGAACUCAGAGCCAAACCUGCCAAUGUGGGCCCCUCUGUCUCCCAGGAAAAAGUGGCAGCUGGAGCACCUGGUGAGACAUGUUGGAACUGAAAUGAAGAAAGUUAGCGAAAAAUGAAAAACAAUGCCUUCCUGAAGUAUUAACAUUUUAAAGAUCUUUUACCUGGUUGAAAAUUGGGCGUGACUUUAUUCUUUUUACAACCACUAAUAAAAAUAUCAGUAUCAAUCCAUAAUAUCUAAUAUCUGCUUACCAGAUUGAGAUGUGUGCCUGUCAUUGUGGCUAUUUUCCUUUGCUUACAUCUUAUAAUUUUCAUAAAGGUGUGAAAUCUUUCUUGGAGCGAUUUGGAGAGAGGUGUCAGCAGCGCACCAACCAGAGCUCCCCAGCAGGGGACAGCAGCCACAUCAAGACUCCCUCUGUCACUCCAUCAGCCACACCAAACACUCGACUGGUCCAGGAGAGAAUCAGAGCCGCUCAGGCAGCAAACACCACCUGUGCUGAUCUCACCCUAAGACAGAAACUGGUAGGAUGAUGUCAGAAACACUUGAGUCUGUCCCAUAACUACUGUGAUUAUUAAGGUUUAUAUCACAAAAAUGAUCCCCUUUCUUCCAGGAGCGAGAGUCUGAGCUGGCUCAGAUUCGCAGUCGCCUCCAGAAAGGAAACAAUAUGUGGAAAAGCAAAGAUGAAGCAGCUGAAACCAAUAAAAACGCAGACAUCCAGGUUAGCCAAUAAUCAUCUGACACACUGAUGAUAGAAAUUCUUGAAGGUAAAUAAGAACACAUGCAAACGAAUAUUCAAUAAUGUGCUUUUCAGGAGCAGAUUUCCAAACCUGUGGAGGAUUGUGAAGUUGCCUCUUGUGAGCCACAGGAUGAACCUGCUGCACCUUCCGCUCAGACAACAGAUACACCUGUAAAAUAUACUCCUCCAGGUAAUCAAAUAUUUCCCAUUGAGCAGUCACAGGGGCUCUCAUUUAGCCAUUACACUCUGUGACACAUCCCUACCUUGACUGUCAAAGAUUAAACUAAUUAAAACUGUAAGCAGUGCUCCAAGCAUGUGAAGGCAAGAAUUAAUCCUUUUAACAAAACUGUAUCUGAGCUCUAGAUGGCGCUUACAGCUGGAUUUUACUGUUGGAGAGUUUUAACAGGAUCAGCCUCAAGAUCAAAGAUAAAAACACAAGUCAUACAAAAGCUGUACAGCAUUUGAGUCAUACGUACUUUAGGGGCAUUCAAAAGUCAGAUGAGUCUCAGAAGUAUAUUUGUUUUAUAACCACAUGGCACACGAAGACAUUUUUAGCCAAACAUGACUUAAUUCAUUCAUAAAGACUUUUUCUCAAAUUAUGAUAGGGUGAAUAAUCCUCUGUUUUCUAACAUGAAUCAACAGGUUUUGGGUUGGUGGACACUCCUCCUGCCUCCACAUCCAGCCCCCUCAGAGCGCUGGCUCAAGCUGCGGAGAAAACUCCUGAAGAAAAAGAAGAGGUUAUUACGGAGAUUGAGAUGAAUGUGGACCAAUCUAUAAACUCUGAGGUGAUCAACGAGCUGUUUGACGGGAUCCUGGAGCAGAGUGAAGAUCAGACCAAUGAAGAGGAGGAGGAGGAGGAAGAUCCUCUGAAUAUCUCCUCCAUGUCCCUCCUCACUCCUCUGGCAGAGACUGUGGCUGCUGUGGUGAAGAGUCCGGACAGAAGGAUGAUGGUAAGACCCACACAGAUGUUCACUCAUCCCCAAUAUUAGAGUAACCAUUGAAUCUGUAAAAACAGUGUUUUCCUACAUGUUUUGUCUUUUAGACAUCGACUCCAGCCAGCUCAUUCCUCAUUAAAAACAACACUCCAGACGGUGUUUCUAAGCCGAGCAAGUAUCAGCGGACAAACAUAAUCAGGACUGCCUCUUCAGACAGCAUCGAGGCCUCAGAUGAAGACCCCAGACUGCCGUACAGGUAAGAGGAGCACAGGUAGUCGAACAACUCCGAUUUGUUCCCAGUGUCCAUGAUUUCCAGGAAGAAUGCGUUCAUGUGUUACAAAUAUGUCCUUUUGGUCUGUGUCCUUUAGCAUUGAUGCGUACAGGUCCACCAGAGUGAAAGAGACAGAGAGACCGAACGUGAAACAGGUGAUUGUGAGGAAAGAGGACGUUUCAAACAGAGCGGAGGAACCCAGAGGAUCCAGCAUCUUCAGCGUCAAACAGAAGAUGAAGGUUUGGAUCAGACAAUUUUUAGAUUACAGCACGAGUGAGUGUAUUUCAUAUAUAUGAGAAAAGAGAGAAAAACGAAGCUAUCACUGUUGUGUUUUUUUGCAGAUUUUGACCAAUGACAUGAACCUGCAGCAGACAGUCAUCCAUCAGGCCAGUCAGGCUUUAAACUGCUGCACUGAUGAGGAGCAUGGUAAAGGAUCUCAGGUGGAAGCUGAGGCUGAGAGGCUGCUGCUGGUGGCAAGUGAGUCUUAAAAUUUUCACAGUAAAUGAUCCCUUUCUUGCCUUUUUCCCUUUUGAAAUGUGUGCCCCACCAAAGAGCCCCUUUAUCACAGAGAUCAGGGUCUUUUUUGAGCUGUGGCAGCCCGAUUAGUACAACAUCUCUCUGAGAAAUGAUGAGUUGUGGCGGCCCCCAGUGGUUGAUACUGGCUGUAACCUUCUCCUCUUAUCGACUGUCUCAGCUGAGAGGAGAGAGGCACUGAGGGCUGAGCUGGACCGUCUGAAAGGAGACCCGUCAGGCCAGAAAAAAGCCCCUGCAGCCCCAGAGCCGGCUGGUAUGUCUGCCUCCAAAGGCUCCAUCACCCUGCAGGAGCUCCGCCUGCCUCUGAAGGCAGACUUUGUUUGCUCCACUGCCAACAAACCAGGUAGGCUGGAGUUAUAUGCUAGUUAAACAUGAAGUAAAACCCUGCUGUUGUGCAUUUUUGUCUGGCCACUUAUGGUCAAACUUUGUUGGUGAUAAUAUUAGUGUGUCUUUGAAUGUUUCAGAAUCAACCAAAUACUCCUUCUUCAUCAUGAUCCGAGCUGGAGCAGAGAACACGGUGGCCACGCCGUUAAGCAGUACACACCGUGGCCUCAGCGGGGACACUCUCACCUUCUCAACCAAGUUCAACAUGUAAAUCACACACACACAAAACACAUUAUGUUUACAGACUGAACAGUGAACAGGUCUAUCUCUGAUUCUAAUCAACAUAAUUGGAUGUUAAAUAUGAAUGUGUUUUGCUCAUCAAAGAGUGAAAUGAAUCGCUUCUCUUUCUUUUACUCCAGAUCUGAAGUCUCCAGUAACUUCGAAAUUGAUAUUGAGGUCUAUGGCUUGGUAAGUACCUGAAUUGUGGUUUAUUAUGAUAAUAAUGAAAUAGCCAUAUUAUUCACAUUUCCUGGUUUAAAGCCCUUCUCUGGACUCUGAGAUUUUCUAAACAAAAUCCAUUCCCAUCCUAAGUUUUCCCUCUCUUGUAACUCCUCCAGGUGCAGAAGCGUGAGGUCUGCAUUGACAAGAAGAAGAAACCCAGCAAGUCAAAGGUAAAAACUGUCUUCUUGUCAUAAUGGGAAACAGGUACAGAAACUAUGAUGGCAUGUGUUUUGAAUAUUUAUUUGUGUAUGUGUGGGUUUAGAUGAUAUGGAGACAGGUCUAUGAGGUCCAUGAUCUGUGUAUGUCGGUAUGAACUGAUUGAUUUCAAAUCCCUCACGUGUUGGUGGGUGUGCACUGUGGGAGCACACGGAGGUGAAAGAAUUUCACGGGAGCCGCAGCAAAUUAUUCUUAUGAGAGAUUUUUCAGAGGAAUGUUUCUAUAGUCUAAGUCUGAAAAAACGAAAGUGUCCAUUUUUGUGGAUGCCACUCAAAUAAUCAAGUUGUUUCACUUGAAUUAAAAAAAAACUGCACUUUUGAAAGUUUAUACACAAAAUUUUUCGGUUAUUUUUUUGUCAGUAAACCAGUACAUUUUAAAACUAUGACUGUUGCAGUUUAAAUGUCAUUACUGUUAAAUUCAACCCCACAUGCGGUUGGUUGGUCAUUUUAUUUGGCCAAAAAAUAUCACAGACAUCAAGCACAAGUUUUCUUUACACUGUUUGUUCCCCAAAAAACUGACUUUUGCUUCUGUUUCUCCAGGCUAUUACUCCAAAGAGAUUUCUCGCCAUCACUGUGAGUGUAUCUGAUUUAUUUUUAAGUAUUUUUAUUCAAGGUUUUCAUAGGAUAUUGAAUAUCAUAUCUAUCCUCAAAUGAGUGUUUUCUUUUAAUUUUUAUUGUUUCAUCUUUUGUCUUGCAGAAAAGUGGCCACACACCAGGUAUGUCCAGCUCAGUGUAUCAGAAGUCUGUUGUAACCUCCUAGGUCUAAAAAAUCUGCAAACAAGUGUCGGAAGUUAAGAAAAGACAAUAGGAAGGAAAACUUCAAAUUAGUGCAGUGCUCCUUUGUGCUAAAUAAAGCUCUCUCUCCCUCUCUCUGUCUCUCUCUCUUUCUUUCUCUCUGUAGUUGUUGCCAGUCCAGGAGGUCCGAAUGCCAUUCGCACCAGUAACUUUGUCUUAGUCGGAUCACAUAAACUCACCCUGGCAUCUAUCGGGAAAAACAGAUUUCCUCUGGAGAAGGUAUAAAAAGUUCUACAGUUUUCUCCUUUUAUACAAACAUUUAAAUUUGACUUUUCCUCCUUAUUUUAUUUCAUGUGUGUCUGAGCUUUUGCGUAAGUAUUCACCUUGUAUGCCUGAUGUCUGGUCGUAUUUGUGAUAAAGCUCUUCAGAGACUUUCAGUAGCUCUGUUUACUCUCCUGCGGCAGCAUGUUCAGCCUUCAUUCACCUCCCUGCUCUGUCUUUUAGAUCAAACAUGAUGAAGGUGAAAGAGAACUGCUCAGUGACAUGUUUCGCUCCAAGGUUACUUUCUGUCCCUUGUUUUUCUUUGUUGCUUUUGUGUGGGUGAAUAUCUCUGACUCCAUCCUAACACUAACAUCGCCGAUAAAAUCUGCUUACAAAGGGGAUCAAACCUGCGCUGAUUCAUGUCUGAGUUCCAAUAUUUAACAUAGAAACCACACCUUUUUCUCCUCUUGUGUCUUGUUAUAUUUGGAGCUAUGUUUGAGAUUUUCAUGGAGUAUUUUCUGUUUUUCAAAGGUGCCAUUCUUGUGUCCUCUGGAAGGUCAUGUCUUCCUUAAGAUGCAGUGUGAGGUGGGCUCAAAGGUUGAGGAGAAGGGCUUCCUGGUGAGUGCAAACAGAUCAACUAAUUUACGCAAGGUUAAAUAUCAGAGUGGUACCUCAGGGGAAUAUGAUGCCGAUCUUACAGUAGUAAUCUAAUGAUGUGCCUAAUCUGAGAGCCUAACCAAAAUCCAAAGAGAAAAGGUGGACGAUCAAACCAAAAGAAACUCCUCAACACCUACAAAAACUAAUUUUUCUAAACAAACAUUCUCUUCCAGACAAUGUUUGAGGACGUCAGUGGAUUUGGAGCGUGGCACAGGAGAUGGUGCGUCUUAUCAGGAUACUGUAUCUCCUACUGGACUUACCCUGAUGAUGAGAAGCGCAAGGUAACUCACGUAGAAAAUGUAGUAAUUUUUGUAUUAUUAAUUCAGCAGAACUUCAAGGUUUUAUAGGAUCCACUUUCUAAAGCAUGACCCUGACCUCUCUGUUUAGUCUGCUAAAUUUUGUCUUUUUUUCCAACCCCUCCUCUGUCAGAAUCCCAUCGGUCGCAUCAACUUGGCGAAUUGCACCAGCAAGAAAGUAGAACCAGCAAACAGAGAGUUCUGCGCCAGACCGAACACAUUUGAGCUGAUCACAGUGAGACCACAGAGAGAGGACGACAGAGAGACGCUGGUCAGCCAGUGCCAGAACACCAUGUGUGUCACCAAGUAAGUCCCAUCUGCUCACAGAUGCAUAUGAACUUAUACACUGGGGGGGUGUGGAAAAAAAACCAAAACAAUAGUAUGACACAUUUUACACAAAACAAUCUGUGAUUUAUAUAUGAGAGUGUGAAAUAUUACUCAAAGUUGCUAAAAGCAAUAAAUGAGCCGCUGUGGUUCAGUGACAUUGACAGGCAGUGAAGACAGCGAGCACUGCCAACGCAAACAAAGCCCUGAAACAGACAAAGCCUUAUUUUGUAUUUUUUUUUUUUUACAACAAUUAUGCAGGAAGUUUUAUCCUGUCCUGUUUGUGUUUUUGCUCAGCCCUCCUUCAU